AUGAUUCAGUCAGAUGUACAACAUCGAUACUUAUUGAUUCAUUGUCUAUUUCUAUUUCUAUUAAUUAAUUUAUCUUCUACACAAGUAUGUCAAACUGAUAUUCCGGAUUUUUUCUAUAAUGUAAGUUUUGCUGGCCCUCUAUUCGAUCAAACUACUUAUACAAGUUUACCAACAUAUUUCUCUGUUGGAUCACCCAUUGGAACAACUGUAUUUACAUUUAAUGUUCAACCUCAAACAAUCAAUACACGUCCAAGUUUUGUUUCAACGGCAGUUACUGGACGUGCACUUAAUCUAGUGGGCGGAAUUAUAACAGUAACAUCAAGCAAUCCUAGUUUUAUUGUUACUACUUUAUCAAAUGGCUCCUAUGCCCUUGUCACUAAUACUACUCCAUUAAAUUACUUUUCACCUAAUCAUCGUUAUUUAUUUAAUCUUAUUGGAACUCAAUCGUAUUCAAAUCGGCCACCAGUAAGUUCAACAGCAGUUGUUCAAAUUAAUUUAGUGAAUGAUAAUGUUAAUGCACCCAUAUUUCAACCGGCAAAUCAAACAUUUUCUAUCAGUGAAACAGCUAGAAUCGGUACAAGAUUCGGUACAGUUUAUGCAACUGAUGCUGAUAAUGAUGGGAUAAUUUAUUCAAUGAAUAGUAAUCAAUUUUCCAUUGAUCCAUCCACGGGUGUUUUACAAUUACAACAAACAUUUCAAUCAUCACCAAAUGCACAAUAUUCUGUUGUAGUUACAGCUAGCGAUGAUGGUUCAUCAUGUUUACCGUUACAGCCUGCAUGUCCACGGUUUUCGACAUCAAAAACUAUAACAAUUUUUGUAACCGCUGUUAAUAAACGAUCACCACAAUUUUUAAAUCAAAUAUGUGGUUCGGUAGUUUCAUUUUAUGAAAGUAAUCCCGUGGGUGCUAAUAUUACAACAAUAGCCGUAUUCGAUGAUGAUAGAGGAGACAAUGGACAAAUUACAAUAUCAUUUCCAUCGGAACAAUCGAGAACUACAGAGAGCGGCUGGAGAAAUACAGCCUAUUCACAAUUUUAUAUUCAACCAUUAUUACAAACAUCUACUACUCGAACGGCUAUAUUACGAACGAAUAUAUCAUUUGAUUAUGAUGCACCAGGUGCUGUUCGAGUUUGGUAUUUAUUCUUAUUAGCUAUGGAUAAUGGAACACCACAACGACAAUCAUUCUGUAGUUUACGCAUUAAUUUACUUGAUUUGAAUGAUAAUCCACCAGUAUUUAUAAUGACAACAUGGAAUUAUACAAUAUAUCGUUCAGCAUUUGGCAAUUCGAAUAGUGCACGUUUUCUACGUAUAAUUGCAUCGGAUGCCGAUUCAGGUUCAAAUGGAUUAAUUAAUUAUUAUAUUGGAACAGUUAAUGUUCCAUAUUUUACAAUAAAUCAAACAACUGGAACAAUUAUUCUUCGUAGUAGUGUACUCGGAGUAUAUGGUUUAGAUGUUACUCAAUUUCCAAUAACAUUUCAAGUUUACGCACAAGAUCGUGGUUCACCACCACGAAUAAGUGAAACAAAUGCAACGGUAAUAAUGUAUUAUAAUAAUGGUAAUGAUCCACCACCAGCUCGGUGGGGUGAUGCACGUUAUGAAGAAUUAAAUUUUUCAAUAAGAGAAAAAUAUUAUGAAGUUAAUCGAAAUGCACCAGUAUCUAAUAGUACCUAUGGUUUUAAUGGAACUAUUUUUUAUCAAUUAACGUCACAAACAUCGUCGAUUAUGACUGUUAGUAGUCCAUUUCCAAAUACAAAUAUACCAUUUAGUGAUUUGCCAGUCGGAAGAAAUGGUUUUACAUUUAACAGUGGAAUUGUAGUUACUAGGGGUCUUCAUGCUGAAAUUCAAAUUGUUUAUUUAAUCUAUAUUCGUGUUCUUGUUAAUCCUCCAUUAAUUGGUUCAACAACAAUAACAUUAGUCGAUGAAAAUGAUCAAAUACCUACAUUUGAUAUUCGUUCAAUUGUAUUGAGUGUUGUUGAAAAUGAAAGUGGAAAUCGUGUCAUCGCGCAAAUUCAAGCGUUUGAUCGUGAUGUUGAUUAUCCGAAUAAUUUUGUUCAAUAUCGUUUAAACGGGCAAUUGAGUGAUGCAGAAGUGCCUCCCAUUUUUUUUGUUGCAGCAAACGGCACAAUAUGGACAAACACAACAUUCGAUCGUGAAAGUAAUAAAACACUCUAUCGGUUGUUUAUCACUGCUUACGAUGGUGCACCAGCUUGGGAUGCAACAAAUAAUGAACCAAAUACACAAGAUUUUCAAUUUGAUAUUCAAGUCAUUGAUGUUAAUGAUGUUCCACCAGUUUUUGUCAAUUCAUCAUCGAUAACACUGACAAUCAAUGAAACGGUAGCCAACGGUACUGGAGUUCUUAAUUUAACCAUCACUGAUACUGAUUUUGAUACAAUACUUGAUUUUGGAAUAUUAAGUGGAAAUAUAAAAAAUGUUUUUUCAUUUAAUUUACUAUCAGAUAACUUGGCUGAUACAGCACGUACACAAUAUAGUGGAACAGGACAACUUUCUGUUGUUGGCCCAUUAAGUUACACUACAACACCAAAUUAUACAUUAGUUUUAUUUGCAUUUGAUACACAGAAUUUAGCAACAAUAACAGUUACAGUUAUUCUACUACAACAAAAUAUAAGACCACCGGUUUUUCUUUUAAAACCUGGUUUUUCAGCUUAUGAAUAUCAAGUUCCUGAAUCAACAGCUGUUUCUAUUCUCAAUGGACCUACUAUUCAAGCACUUGAUUAUGAUCCAUUACCGCCAUCAAUUGUCUAUAAUAUAGUUACUACUAAUAAUAACUUAAAUCUAAAUACUUUAUAUUUAACUCAAUCAAAUAAUGAAGCUACACUUGGUAUUUCAGCACCUGGUCUAUUACGUGAUUUACCAUUUGGCUAUAAUAUAUAUAAUUUUUCUAUUCAAGCAACAGAUCAAGGCGGAGCAGGUUUAUCUAGUUAUGCACCAGUUACUAUUCAAGUUAUCGAUAUAAAUAAUAAUGGACCGAUACCAACGAACCCACCUUGGAUUUUAACUGAAGGUGUACUAAAUCCAACUACUAGUAUUGUCUUCACCGAUUAUGAUGAUCCAACUCAAAAUAAUACAGUACCGUUUAUUGUUCAAAUCAUUAGUCCAACAACAUUUACACUUGUUGGUCCAACGGUAAAUUAUAAUGGUACAUAUCAAUUGAUGUACAAUGGUAUUUUAAAUCGUACAAGCACAAAAAAUUUAACUGUUACAUUUAAUGGAACGGAUGCUAGAGGUUUUUCUGCAGUAACUACAAUAUCAGUUAUUGUUGGUGAUGUUCUAAGCUCAUCUCCAAUAUCGGAUGGUUUUAAAACAAUUAGAGUUGUCUAUAUUAAUGGCUAUAUCAAUUCAUUAAAAAACACUCCACUUGGUUCAGUUUACGUUAAUGAUUUAGAUGAUUGGUUUCGUAGUACGGGUCGAACAUAUUCAGUUCGAAGUGUUAGUAAUGGACAAUUAUUUAGUGCUGCACAAGGCGUCUUAUCAACACCCGAUCCACUUUAUCCAGGAUCUUAUACAAUACUUGUUGAUGCAACAAAACCUAUAGCAGCAUCAACAGCAACAAGUACAAUCGAUCUUCAAGUUACAAGUGUCGAUAGUGAAUAUGUUCGACAAGCAGCAACGAUUCGUAUUCAAGGCGAAUAUCCUGCAACAUUAAUCGAUCCAUCACUUGGUAAUCGUAUGAAUACGCUUCGUACUGCACUCGAAACAAUUUUACUUGCUUCAUCUAAUUCCAUAAUUAUUCUUGCCAUACGUUCUGUUUAUCAGUAUCGUAGUCCAUAUUAUCCACCGUUGCCAUUGGCUGUCGCUCAGCAACAAGCACUAACUGAUGUCAUUUUUUACGUACCAUCAAUGAAUAAAAAUGAUAUUGAAAAUACAUUAAAUGCAAAUCUUGGCCUAUUUGCAUCACGUUAUGGUAUAACAGCCACUGCAAGUGGGCCAAAUCCAUGUUCUGGUUAUGUGUGUCCAACAGGUACAGUAUGUCGACCAACACGAGCUAUUCAAUCAUCACCUUACCCCAUUGAUACAAAUCAAACAUCAUUUGUUGGUGUAAAUGUUGUUGAUUCAGCUGAUUGUGUUAAUGCAACAUAUGCAACAGUUUACACAAAUACACAAGUUGGAUGUUCAACAAAUACAUUCAACAAUUUAACAUAUUGUCCUUGUACAUCAUUACAAUCUUUAGCACCUCUUGGACCUUAUUGUCAAGUACUUGGAAGAUCAUUUAAUGAAAAUGGUGGUGCAUAUGCUGUAUAUAGUGGAGCCACUUUUUCAAAUCUUGCACCAACACGGUUUUCAUUCGAUUUUGCUAUACAACCACCAAUAGCCGAUGGUUUAAUUUUAUUAUAUGGACGUAAUACGACACCUGUCAAUGACUUUUUCUGGACAGCUGUUGAAAUUUAUCAAUCGCAAUUAAGAUUUCAAUUUCGAGAUACAAUGCUCACUGUAUCAGAUAUAACACUUAAUGCAUCAACGUGGUAUCAUGUUGAAUAUCAAUAUGUUGAUUCUACUAUUCUUGUUUCAAUCAAUGAUUGCAAAUAUACAACAUCAGCUAAUGCUACAUUGAAAAAUUAUGAUAUCUCAAAUGUUCAAUUAUAUCUAGGUGGUUUACCAGUCACUGGUUCACUAGUAUCUGGUCUUUAUCCAUCAUUGACACAAGUCAAUACAUUUAGCGGGUGUAUAAGAAAUGUUUUAUCGGGUGGCUAUUAUCUCGAUAUGAAUUCUCCAUUACUAUCAUCUAAUUCAAAUGCAGGACAAUGCUCAUGUUCAUUAACAAAUUCAUGCCUUCUAUCGCCAUUAAAACGUGAUUCCGCUAAUAUUAUACCAUGGUAUACAUGGUUAAUUUUAGCAUUAGUGUUAUUAUUAUUAUCAACAAUUAUUGCAUUAGGAUUAUUAACAUGCAUCAGAAAACGACAACAAUUGAAAGCAUUAGCUGGAUUAUAUCCAGAUGAUACAAGAGAUAAUAUUAUUGAUUAUAAAGAAACUGCCGGCGAAGAAGAUCAUUCAACUUAUAAUCUAGGUGUAUUAAAGAAACCGGUUUAUGCAUUAACAGACGAAGAAAUUAUAGCAAAUGGUGGUCGAUCUGGUUUACCUAAUAUGGGUUAUACUGAUACUAUAACAAACCGUCGGCCAGCACUAGGUGAUUAUAUAGAUGAAAAAUUAAAUGAACAACAAGUAACGCCAUAUGCCAAUGAUACACAAUUACAUUAUCGAUACGAAGGUGAAGGUUCCAUAGCAUCAGAUUUAAGCUCAAUAGAAUCAAUACAUUAUCAAGAUGAAAAUGAUUUUCGAUUUCUUUAUUCAUGGGGGCCAAAAUUCUCGCGAUUAGCUGAUCUAUAUGCUGGUGGUGUCGACUAUGAUGAUCUUGACAACGCUUAA